UAUUAUUAUUUUCUAUAGAUUUUUGGCAUCUGGAGACAGUAUGACAAGUCUCUAUUAUUCUUACCGAAUAUCUUUAAUAUCUACAUCUAAUAUAAUUAGAGAAACAACAAGAGUAAUAUGGGAUGUUCUUGCGCCAGAUGUUUUUGUAAAGCAGAUUGAAGAAGAUUGGAAAAAGGUAGCAAAAGGCUUCGAAGAGAAAUGGAAUUUUCCACAUUGCAUUGGUGCAAUCGAUGGGCAGCAUGUUGUAAUACAGGCUCCUCAAAAUAGUGGAUCAUUAUAUUACUACAAUUAUAAACACUCCCAUAGUGUUGUUUUAUUAGCGGUAGCCGAUUCCAAUUAUUCUUUUGUUAUGGUUGAUAUUAGAGGCAGGGGACGUGAGAGUGAUGGUGGAAUAUUUAAAAAAUCUAAUAUGGGCUAUAAAUUAAGUAAAAAUGAACUCAAUAUGCCACCGCCAGAUUAUAUUGGAAAUCAGAGACUACUUCCUUAUGUAAUAGUGGCAGAUGAAGCAUUCCAAUUAACAAAUUUCAUGUUGCGACCAUAUUCAGGACGUGGAUAUACACAACUCCAAGAUGUUAAGAAAGUAUUUAAUUAUCGUCUAUCUCGGGCACGUCGUGUUAUAGAGAAUACUUUCGGUAUAUUAGCAGCCAAAUGGAGGAUUUAUAGGAAACCAAUAAUCUGCGAUGUUAAUACAACCAUCAAUACAGGGUCAUCCACGACGACUGUCCACUAGAACUUUAAAGGGUUUUAGCCAAAAUAAAAAUUUGAAAAUUCAGAUUUAAGUAUUAUCAAUUGCGUUC